CGUGGCAGCUGCUAUCAUUCUCCCCUUGCCGAGCUCCGAUUUCUCUCCUUGGUUGCAAGCUGCCACCUCCUUUCCCCACCCCUUUCUAUCUUAGAUCCCCACCCCAAGCUCUUGUUUGAGAAGUAGUAUCUCUAAUUUUCGGAAACCAUGGCAUCUCCAUCCCUCCUGACUCCGCCAACCACCAAGCGGACGCCGCCACCCGUUGCUUCUUCUCUCCCAUCCAAACCUUUGGUUUCCUCGGCCACCAUGACCAGCGCCCGGCCCAUUGCCCGGCGGGAGCUUGCGAUCUCGAUGGCGGCCGGAGUACUGUCCACUUCGGCGAUGCUGAUUCUCCCAGCGGCGGCCCCACCUGCGGCAGUGGCGGCUUCGGAUGAGGAGUACGUGAGGGAGACGUCGGAGGUGAUCGGCAAGGUGCGGUCGACGAUCAACAUGGACCGCGCCGACCCGAACGUGGCGGCGGCAGUGGCGGAUCUGCGGGAGGCGUCCAACGUGUGGGUGGCUAAGUACCGGCGGGAGAAGGCGCUGCUGGGGCGAACCUCCUUCAGGGACAUGUACUCGGCGCUGAACGCCGUGUCCGGCCACUACAUCAGCUUCGGGCCCACCGCCCCCAUCCCGGCCAAGCGCAAGGCCCGCAUCCUCGAGGAGAUGGACACCGCCGAGAAGGCUCUGCUCAGGGGGAGAUAGUCCUCGUUCGUUGCUCCAUCUAUAUGCGCGCGGCAUCGUUUGGUCCCUUUUCCGUCACUUCGAAUUUGAGCGUGCAAUUUUGUUUGCUUCGACUCUGCGCGGAAUCCGACGUUGCGUUGUAUUAUAUUAGUUCAUGCAUCUAUGUUUCAACCGUUGCCUUUGAGCAAAUUUGUUACCACAGUUACAAACAGUUCUCAUGAUCAAAUGAAUGUUGUGUGGAAUUCGAGAUUUGGGAUCGAAUAGGAACAGCUGAAAUCUUUUGCCUCUCUAUUUCA